GUUGCCCAUAAGCAGCUGUUUCCGGAUAUUGCUUUUUUGCAGAGGAGGAACUUGAAACUACAACCCGAUGCAUUCUGGGCCCAAGCAAUGACGACGGGAGCGAAACCUUGCAUGCGUUUCACCUGAAUGCCUCUCCUUCUUUACCGGCUGGAUUACAAGGAAACCCGCAUUUCAUCUUUAGCGGUUCAGCAAAUAGGAAAUAUGACUGAGUGGCAGAGGAAGACACCUUUGGAAUGGUUGACUUAUGUGAAUAAAGAAAUUGAAGUUCUGGCUGCUGAGAAACAGAAGUAUAAAGGAUGGGUUUUAACAGUCGAUCCAGUGUCUGCCAACAUUCUCCUGGCAAAUCCACUUGAGAAUGGGAAAGUGUCUAUUUCAGGCAUCUUGGGGCACGCAGUGCAAGAGGUGAAGAUAUUGUCCGAAGCGUCUGAUGCUAUGAAAGAGAAACUUGCUCACCUAUUCAUGCCUGGAGAAAGCCAAACCUACAGUCAAGAGGAGCUGGAGGACAAGAAAAACAGCUUGAAGAACUGGUUGGAGAAAAACCAUAUUCCUGUAAGGGAGCAAGGAGAGUCACAAACAACACUCUGUGUUGCAGGGGUGUUGACUAUUGACCCACCGUAUGGACCAGAGGAUUGCAAUAGUUCCAAUGAAAUAAUUUUGUCUCGAGUUCAAGGGUUGAUGCAAAGUUAUCUUGGCCUUCAGCAAUGACAGUUGAAGAAUUGGGAUGAAGUUACCUACUUGCAAAACCUAUGCUAACCUUCCCCAAUCUGAUGCCUUCUACAUGGACUACAGAACUCACAUUGGCUGGGGAUUUAUGUGAGUUGUAGUCCAAAUACUUAAGAGGGCUUCUAGUUAUAUCGUGAGGCUGAUCUAUACAAUA